UGUUGUUGUCCUGUUUUGAAGCCUGGCCUCCUGCUCCCCGCUCUUCUUCUCUCCUUCCUCCUUCCUCUCGCUUCCUUCCAUCCACGCUGCCUCCGGAGCGGACGUCUUCCUCCACAGGCUGCCGUUGAAUCCGUGGCAUCCGUCUUUUGGGAGCUCCGCAGAAACCUGAAGCCAUGCUGACGUUCCUGGCGCUGGCGUCGGUCCUCCUCCUGGGAAUAGUGCCCGAGCGGUCCCAGGCCAUCGUGAUUUACACGGGCUGGGAGCGCCACGGCCUAGUGGGCUCCGACAUCCGCCUCUCCUGCUCCUUCUUCUCCUGGCGCUGGACCUCGGAGGACGUCACCUUCUCCUGGACGUACCGGCCCGACGGCUCCCGGGACAGCAUCUCUAUUUUCCACUACACCGGCGGCGUCCCCUACGUGGACAACAAGGGCCCGUUCAGGGACCGGCUGGAGUUCGUGGGGAACCCCGGCCGGCGCGACGGCUCCAUACUGAUCAAGAACCUGGACUUCAGCGACAACGGCACCUUCACCUGCGACGCCAAGAACCCCCCUGACAUCGUGGGCCGGCCCUCCAGCGUGCGCGUGCUGGUCUUUGAGACAGUGCCCAUCCAGGCGGGCGUGAUCACGGGCGCCAUCAUCGGCGUGGUGCUGGGCCUGCUGGUGCUCAUCGUGGUCAUCUACUACCUGAUGAGGUUCCUGGUGGCGCGCCGCGUCUUCAGCCUCAGCGUCAGCAAACAUGGCAAGAAAAAGAAAGAGGGACCACAGCAGAGACAGCUCUGGACACCACCCCCCCUCACAUGCUACCCCCUCCCCUAAAAGGACUGUCUCUCUUCCUCCUCACCUCUCUCUCUCUCUAUUCUCUGUAUGUCCACCUCUCUCCUCGUCCUUCUAAAUGUCUUCUUCUCUCCUCUUCACACGACUCCAUCCUCCUAACCUCAUCUCUCAUGGUCUUACUUCUAACUCCCCCACCUCACCCCCCUCUCCCUUCCCUCACUUUCCCACCACCCCUCCCUCUGUCUCUAUCUCCCCCACGCUCCUUUCCUCCUGAAGUGACUCUCCUCCCCUGUUCUUCACCCGACCCCCUCUCCCUCCUCCCCCACAGGGCCCUGCGCCUCCCGCCGAACCCUCCAAGAUAAAGGUCUGACUUCUCCGUGACUGCCUCCACUCCUCUAGUCUGCUCCCUCCUUUUCUGCCCAGCCUGAUGCAACCCCCAUUAUUUCCCAUUAUCUCUACUCUUUCAAGACAGCACUGGCUGUAAGAAUAGUCCCUCUACAUCAGUGGCGACGGUGUCAAACAAUUUUUACGGCGCCUCAUCGAGGAGCCCGCGCUCUCAUUGGGCGAACUGUAAAACUGUUUAAGUCCUAACUAUGCACAUAACUUCCGUAGGAGGGAACCGUGAUGCCCCCCCCCCCCCCCCCCCCCCCCGCUCGUGUUUAGGGCUCCCUCAAUCUUCCCCCUUCACGUUUACAACGCGGCCACACGCGCCGAGCGACUCCAGAUAGGGGGGAAAGGGCCGGCGCGGCGGCAGAGGAGCGCGAUAGUGCGAGAGAAAUAUGAUUCCUGCUCUCAGCCUGCGCAGAUAGAGGUUGAAGCCCUCCAGCUCGGGGUGAUUCAAUCCCCUCACAUUUGAGCUAAUGGAGGUUGUCGCCGCGUCCCUGCCCCGGCUAAAGGGGGCUAUUUCUGGCCCUAUAAGAGCGCGGGCUUACUGUAACAGCUGCACAUUUUUCAGCCGAGGGGGGAGGGAGGCGUGGGGGGGGAGGGGGGGGUGUGGCCGUGCUGUUUGUGCCUGAGUGCACGGCGCUGUCCGCCGUCGACUCCGCGGCCGGCGACCGACAACCGGGAAUGACGUCACGGCCCCGGGGGCUGUUACCAGGAGGAGGUGCCGCCUCCCAGUUAUAUUGGGUCCAGUUCACCCCCCCCCCCCCCCCUCCUCCCCCCAGAACCCAGGGCUAAUUAUUUUAGCACGUGCCGGUAACAGGAUAUCUCUCCGCACAUCUCCCUCCUCGGCCGUCUCCGCUCCCCCCCCCUCUCCAUCUCCGCUCCCAUCGUGGAUUCACCUUCCAAACUCUGUGUCCUUGCGUCUUUGGCUUCCUUUAUCUCCUCCACUUCCUGUCGUCUAGUGACUUUGCGCCGCAUUAUUCCGCAACAGAAAGGCCUAUACACAAUCCACUCCACUCUUUAAGCCGCUCCUUAUCUGGGUGCCAGGCCUACAGCUCAAUGCUCCGCUCCUCUCUCCUCUGUCCUUCUUCCUCCUUCACAUCCUCCUCCUCCUCUCUUUCCAACUCGGUCUCGGGCACUCGCGCUGAUUGACGGACGACCCCCCCCCCCCCCCCCCCCCUUUCGCCGCCCCUCCCGAAGGCCCGGCCCCUGCCAGCCCACCGUCCCUCCUUCCUCUGACCCUUUACUGUGUUGUUUCUGCUGGUUCAAAUGUCCAAAACAUUGGACAGAAAUUCACCUUCUCGCCAAACAGAAGACGCCAGGCAGAAACUUAGAGUCCAACUAGCUCCUCUCCGGGUGAUAUGAAGCAUUUGUCAUGUAUAUGUGUGUCAAGUUAAAGUGAAAUCUGAUAUAAAGUAAAGCAGUCACCCUAAGUAAAGCAAAGUAAUGUUGUGCUUAUGUACAUAAGAGAACACACGGAGAACAUGUUUAACAUGUGGGGACGAUAUGUAACAGCGUUCACUGGAAUAUGAUGUUAUACGUCUGACCUUGUGUGUUAUGGAAGGUUCUGUGUGGCUGUUCUCUACGGCGCACGUUUCAUUCUGAGAUGAAGGGAAAUCGAGGCGGCCGCGCAGCGUCAGACAGCAGAUGUGGGGCUCGGAUAAGGGUUGGGUUUAGCCUCAGAAUCGGCGCGGUGUGGCCGGGAGGGGGGGGGUGCUCGCUGUGGGGCGGGGGCUUGGGAGGAAGAGACCUGUGUGGCGUAUUAAGCCCGGCUAAUAAUCUAUAUGUAUCACUACAGACGGAGCGCGCUCUUCCUCCCCCGGCCCCUGAGCCACAGACGGGGAAGCGUAGACUUGAAUGUUCCUUUAGGAUAAAACCGCAACGGAGGUGCUAAAAUCCACAUCUUAUAACUGGAGACCUGUUUCACUAGUCGCUGUUUAACUAUCCAGUCGAAUGGAUUGGUGUGAAUGUUUCUUCUGUUUCAGCAAAGCCACACAGACGCCUGACAUAAGACAUAAAAGCAUUAAAAUGCCUUAAAGUGUUUUGUUUGUAUGCAUUAUGAACUGUAUUAGCCGUAGUCGCGCCGUAACAUUCCUUUAUUUGACAUGACUGGAGCUUCUUACGUUUUUUUUUUUUUUUUACAUUUAUUUUAAUCCUUGUGAUGAUUCCAGAGUGCUAACAACAUUUGACAACUCUGUACAAUAUGUUGUAAAGAGGACAUAAAUAAAAAUUAAAGAACCAAA